AUGCUCCGCUGCGCCACUCGCACGCUUCUCGCGACGAAAACCGUCCCGCUUAAGCCGAAGGUCGCCUUCCAACUCCACACCGCGGGCCGCACCGACCUCGAGCCGCUCCCCACCCAAGCCACCUACGACCCCGAGGUGAUCAAGAAGAACCUCGAGUUCAUGCUUGUCUCCCGCCGCAUGGAGCUGAUGUGUGAUCAGUGCUACAAGCUGAAGAAGAUUCGCGGGUUUUGCCAUCUCUACAUCGGCCAGGAGGCGAUCCCGGCCGGGAUGGACAACGUCCUUACGCGGGACGAUUGCGUCGUGACGUCCUAUCGGGAUCACUGCUGGUACCUCUCCCGCGGCGGGACCGUGGAGGAGGUCUUCGGGGAGCUCUUCGGCCGCACCACCGGCGGCAGCAAAGGCAAAGGCGGCAGCAUGCACAUGUACAUGGUGAAGAACAACUUCUACGGCGGGAAUGCGAUUGUCGGGGCGCAGGUACCCUUGGGGGCGGGCCUGGGGUGGCGAUUCGCGAUGGAGAACCGGGAUGCCCCCAAGAACGUCGCGGUGACCCUCUACGGCGAUGGCGCGGCGAACCAGGGGCAGGUUCAUGAGGCGAUGAACUUUGCCGCCCUCCAGCGCGUGCCCGUGAUCUUUGCCGUUGAGAAUAAUAAGUAUGGUAUGGGCACGAGCAGCAGCCGGGCGAGCUUCAUGACCGAGUUCUACCGCCGUGGGAACUACUUGCCGGGUCUGAAGGUCGAUGGGAUGGAUCUGCUCGCUAUCCAGGAGGGGACCCGGUGGGCGAAGAACUACUGCCUCUCGGGUAAGGGACCCGUGGUGCUGGAGCUCGACUGCUAUCGGUACGUCGGCCACAGCAUGUCGGAUCCCGACAGCGUCUACCGCUCCAAGUCUGAGAUCCAGAAGACCAGGGAGGAGCGCGAUUGCAUCACGGCUCUGAGGGAAUUCGUCGUGAAGGAAGGCAUCAUGUCCGAUGAGGAGAUCAAUCAAAUGGAGAAGCAGAUUAAGAAGGAUGUGGAUGUGGCGAUGAAGAAAGCGGAGAAGGCCGCUUUACCAGACCUGAAGGAGCUCUUCACGAAUAUCUACCCGGACCAGAGCUACCUGCACCGCACAUGCCAGGGCGAUGUGUAUAAGCUUCCUGGAGAAUAA